CCUCCCCAGCGAACCCACUCCCACGCCCAAACCCAACGCGUCCAAAGCAGCAGAGGAGUCCAAGAACCGGAGCACCGAGGAAAGGAAGCACCAUCUCCUCCAUGGCCGGCUGCUGCGUCUUCCUCCGGCGGCCGUCGACCUCCUCCGCCUACCGCCUCGGGUACCACUCCCUCGACGGCGACCACGAGGCCGGCCCGCCCCCGGCCCCGGCGUCGGUGACGGUGGUGGUCGGGAAGGAGCGGCGGGUGUUCGCGGUGGACCAGCUGGUGCUCGACACCUACCCGUUCCGGGUGCUCCUGGAGACGGCGGCCAGGAAGGAGGAGCGCAGGGGCAAGGCCCUCUUCGUGGACGUCGACGCCAUCCUCUUCGAGCACAUCCUCUGGCUCGCCGGCUGCCACGACCGCUCCGCCGUCUCCCUCCUCCAGCCCGACCUCAAGGACAUCAUCGACUUCUACUCCCAGGACGCCUGAAGACCAUCAUCUCAUCACGUUCUUUGUUCUUCAGUCUACCCAUUCUUUUAUUUUUCUUCUUCUUCUUCUUCUUUGUGAUGCUAGUGUGCAUAGUGAUCGAUGAAUCAGAUCAUCUGUCACAGGUUACGACAGUGAGAUGAAAAACACUAUAGUAAAUUAUAGAAAAAAUAAAUCUCUUCGUCGCUACUGAA